AACGUGGAAACCAAAACAAAUAUUUUUAUAGGAAAUGUGGAAAAUAGUACCACUAUACAGUAGAGAACCAGCACCUUGCAAAAGAAGAUAACAUCUGUUAGUUGCGGCAAAAAAAUCACGCAAAAAUGGUGAGAAUCUCCGGCAAAGGUGGCGGUGUAGGUCAGAUUCUCGCCGCCGUCGCGGCGGCGUUACUCCUCCGCCUAUUCUCCGGCCCCGGCCCUGCGUACUUGCCGGAAACCGAAACCGAAGAGGAAGAAAACGACGGAGCAAUUUCGGAUUCCGAAGCUUCAGUUUCCGAUAAAGUUCAUCCGGUGACAAUCCGAUGGACGAACAUCACGUGCUCUGUUUCUGAUAAAGCUUCUAAAUCGGUGCGAUUCUUGCUUAAAAACGUGUGUGGAGAGGCGAAACCUGGAAGGCUGCUUGCAAUAAUGGGUCCAUCAGGAUCGGGGAAGACAACUCUCCUCAAUAUGCUAGCAGGUCAGACUGCAGCAUCUUCUAGGCUGCACUUAUCGGGCCUCUUGGAGGUUAACGGUCAACGAAUGUCAAACAAGUCCUUCAAGUUUGCUUAUGUCAGACAAGAGGACCUUUUCUUCUCCCAGUUAACCGUGCGCGAGACAUUGUCUCUUGCAGCUGAACUCCAACUGAAGGACACGUAUUCAAAGGAAGAUAAAGAUGAAUACAUAAACAAUCUUUUGUUCAAAUUAGGUUUGGUUAGUUGUGCGGAUACGCGAGUUGGGGAUGCGAAAGUUCGCGGAGUAAGUGGAGGCGAGAAAAAACGGUUAGCAAUGGCUUGUGAACUAAUUGCUAGUCCUUCGGUUAUAUUUGCUGACGAACCAACAACCGGACUAGAUGCAUUUCAAGCAGAGAAAGUAAUGGAAACACUUAGACAACUUGCACAAGAUGGACACACAGUAAUAUGCUCAAUACACCAACCAAGAGGUUCGGUGUACGCAAAAUUUGACGAUAUCGUGUUGCUGGCGGAGGGUGAACUUGUAUACGCUGGUCCAGCUGGCGAUGAACCACUGACUUACUUUUCAAAAUUCGGGUAUGUUUGUCCGGAUCAUGUAAACCCGGCUGAGUUUCUUGCUGAUUUGAUAUCGGUUGACUAUAGUUCAUCCGACAGUGUUGACUCUUCUCGGAAAAGGAUCGAUAGCCUUGUGGAAUCAUUUUCUGAACAGAUUUCAUCAACGUUUUAUGCAACAACAAUCACUAAAAGUGUGGUCUUGAAGGAAAAUAAGAAAUUAAGAAGAAAACCUGCAGCCAAAGGAAUCAUUGGUUGGUGGAGGCAGUUUUCAUUGCUCCUUAAACGUGCGUGGAUGCAGGCUUCCCGUGACGGGCCCACAAAUGCCGUCAGGACAAGGAUGUCAAUCGCAUCAGCUUUAAUUUUUGGGUCUGUUUUUUGGAGAAUCGGAAAGUCUCAAACAUCAAUACAGGAUAGAAUGGGCUUGCUUCAGGUUGCUGCUAUAAACACUGCAAUGGCCGCACUUACAAAAACUGUUGGCGUUUUUCCAAAAGAACGUGCGAUAGUAGAUCGAGAGCGUGCAAAGGGUUCUUAUUUAUUAGGACCGUACUUGUUAUCUAAGUUAAUUGCUGAGAUCCCUGUUGGAGCUGCAUUUCCUUUAUUAUUUGGCACAAUUCUUUAUCCCAUGGCACGUCUUCAUCCAACUUUAUCUAGAUUCGGGAAGUUUAGUGGAAUAGUGACUGUGGAAUCUUUUGCUGCGUCAGCAAUGGGCUUAACUGUUGGUGCUAUGGCUCCGACCACUGAAGCAGCUUUGGCAUUGGGCCCGUCUUUGAUGACUGUGUUUAUCGUAUUUGGUGGAUAUUAUGUGAAUGCCGAUAAUACCCCCAUCAUCUUUCGUUGGAUUCCCCGUGUUUCUCUCAUAAGAUGGGCGUUUCAAGGACUUUGCAUUAAUGAAUUUAAAGGCCUCGAGUUCGAUCAUCAAAAUUCUUUUGAUAUUCAAAACGGAGAACAGGCUUUAGAGAGGCUCUCUUUCGGGGGUAGCACGAUAUCCGAGACAGUGAUGGCCCAAAGUAGAAUUCUGUUAUUCUGGUAUUAUACCACAUACGUCCUUCUAGAGAAGAACAAGCCCAAAUACCAACCACUUGAACCACCACCCAUUGACCAACUUGACGAACCCGAACCACAAAUAGAACCGGAUGAGCCUGUGGAAAGCGAUGACUCACCAGGCCAAUCGUUCGAGAUACUCGAGACUCCAAAUGUUGACCAAGGUAAACCCGAUCCACUGCAGCUUGAACCUCCUCCGGCUGCAGCCCAACCUAGUCUGUUUGAGCUAGACGGUUUGUGAUUAUCGAACUGUUUUGUUUCAUUGAUCUCGUACAGGUUCUUCGAUAUAAAGAUUUGCAUGCAUGCUCCAUGGUGGAAAAAUAAGCAACAUGCAGUUACCUAGUAACUGUGUCCUAGGUAGAUCUCAGUAGCGGUUUCGGUUAAACUUGUCGGAUUAUAGUUUACAUAUGAAAAAGAAAGAUCUAAUCUACUGGUGGCUUCUUGUCACGUACUAAUGACUGGAUCUUUAAUAUAAUCCUUCAUGAAUUUCUGGUAGA